AUGCACCGCGAACAAGGUGGCCUUGUCAGGGCGACCUUCUACAAUAGUGAAAACCGUCCAUUGGGUCGCACGAAUACCACAGGAGACGCGGAUUUGCGCAUGUUCAAAUGGCGAAUUGCAUGCACCGCCGUCAAAGUUGCAAUGAUUCAUCUUGCCACUUCUGGAAGCUUUGCGGAUGACGGUCUCAAGGGCAUGGUCGGUCGUGUGGCUGCAUGGUCUCAGACCAAGACCGCGUGUAAAAUGAUACUUGGCGCAGAAGGCACGCCUAACGACUUCCGACAAUGUGCUGUGCUUAGUAGUAGUCGUUCUGUCAAGGGCAUCGCGACCACAACAACGGGUGAUUUGCCCGUGCACAUCAUGGGUAUAGCGACUAGCUAUGCCAUCUGGAGAUCGCUGGGUCCACGUCGGUUAGGUUCCUAUCAAUCCCGUGGCUCGGGUUCAUGGCGAAGCUGCGAGAUGCUGACCGUAUGCGGCAAGGCUUGGUCGGGAGUUGAAUCAGGAGGCGUUUAA